CCAAGAACUAUAAAGCUUGGUCUGCACGAUCAGGCCCAAUCGAAUGCGUUAUACCUACGAUUUUGGUCGGUUAGUGUGUCUCAGGUUUUGAAAAUCAUCCGACCAUCUAAAAUCGUUUAGUGUGAACUGCUGUCGAUCACUGCUUUCCAGUCACCAUGGAAACCCUUGAUACUUCAAAUUCGGGCAGGUGGGGGAAACAAAUGCGUCCACUAUAACACUUACAUUUUAUUGGCUUAGAGGUUGCCAGGAGACGGUGCUUUUUUGUUCCAAGCUCGAGCAGGAGCGAGCAGAGGUUUUACAACAGCUGUCAAAGGUUACCAUAGCACGGACAAUCCUAUGAUGUCACAAGACAUGUUGUGAUGUCACCACAGAACUUCACUUAAAGUUCAGUUGACUAGUUCUUUAGCUUGUCAGAAAGCAAAAGGUCGAGUGGAGACUGCUUCUUCAGAAAACACUGUUUGGACAAUUUUCAGCAUAUUUUUGAAACCAAUAUUGAGAGAAAUGGAGACUCAGACAAAGGAAAUCUUUGAACAGGAGACCCAUUGCCAAGAAGAUGGACAGAAGAACGAGGAAAAUCAGGAUGCCUGGAUUCAAGAUACCCAAAGCAAAAAGUCUUUGGAGGAGGAAAUUAAUAGAUUAAAGACUCUUUUGGACGAAGAACGAGCCAAAUUCAACAACGAACAUGAUAGAGCAAAUAACUUGGAAGAAGAACUGCUCAAACUCAAGCUAGAAAAACGUGAGUUUAAUGGAAAUGACAUUGGCCUAUGCAGUGAGGCAAAAAAGGGAUGGGAUGCCAGUGAAGACAUGGAAAAUAAAGCCCUCCAAGAUCAACUAAGAACCUCUCAAGAAAAAGAGGCACUUUUACAACAAGAGAUAGAGGAAAAUACGGCUUUGUAUCAAGAAGUUCUGGCAAAGCUCCAAAAUGAUGUUGUCAAUCUCUCAGAACAGGUGGCAACAUUGCAGGAAGAGCUGGAGAUUGAAAGAUCAGCCAAUUCUCAAAAUGCAAACAAAACAUUUUUUAAGAUCAGAAGAGGUGACAGCACAGCUCAGAUUACAGAGCUGAAGAAAGAAAUUGCGUUGCUGAGAAAGACGACUUCAGAGAAGGAGAGGCAGCUACAGGAAGAGCUGCACAAGAUGACGGAGUCCUCCCAAGAACUAAAGAGCAAUUAUCAAACUUCUGUUAAUGUUCUGGUGCAGCAAACAGAGUCACUAAAGAAAAAGCUCAGAGACAAUGAAAAAGCUCAUUCUGAAAUGCUGACGAUGAACCAGGUACUUCAUGCAGGUCUGGAAGCUGAGAACGAGGCUCUUAGACAACAACUGACAUCCCAGCAAAACGCCACCAUASAGACCGAGACACGUCUCCAGAGGAAGAAAUACAAACGAUGGAGCAGGAGCACAGAGAYGAAAGAUAUCGVCAUGCAGAGAUUGAGAUACGUAAUGGAAAGAGAGCCAAAUUCCUUCAUGCUGAGAAAAACAUGUUGCAGAAGGAACUGGACGAAGUGAAACGGAAACUCUUUUUAGAUGAAGUAGRGCAUAAAAAAGAGAUGGAUUCUUUGACAGCUGAAAUGGAACGUCAACUUCAAUGUAAU